CCUGUCAAGAGUGAAAUUGUCCUACAUGUAGACGUGCAGAUCUUGAUCACUAAGGCCAAGGGGACAUGCUGGCCUAUGACCCAAGACAAGUGGAGGUAGAGGAUACGUUUCAUGAUGCGAGGGUAUUGAUUGAGUGGCUUACAUCUGUGAAAUAUUAUACAUCGAAUCGCGAAGUAGUUUGCUGACGCAAUUUUUGGAAAAUAGUGUUUGCAAAUGUAAUGGAAUGGCGAGCAAUACGGAGAGCGAAGAGACCGUGAAAUGGAUGGGGCAUGCAAUGCAGCUAGCCCGCACUGCCCUGGACAAUGGCGAGGUCCCAGUAGGAUGUAUAUUGGUGUACAAAGAUCAGGUACUGGGGUCGGGAGGCAACGUGACGAAUGAAACGAAGAAUGCGACUCGCCACGCCGAGCUGAUAGCUAUAGAUCAGGUGUACGCUUGGUGCGGCCAGCACGGCCAGUGUGCAGUGGAGGUGUUCAAGCAGUGCUGCCUCUACGUGACAGUAGAGCCGUGCAUCAUGUGUGCCACUGCUCUCCGCCUGGUUGGUGUGUGGCGCGUUGUGUAUGGCUGCCGCAACGAGCGCUUCGGCGGCUGCGGAUCAGUGCUGGAUGUCAAUUGUGUAUACUCGGCUGCAAACAGGGAAAGCAGCGCAAAUGGUGUAAAAUUCAUGAUCCCGUCCGCGGUCUCCGAAGUCACCACCCGAGCGGAAGUAUGCCGGAGACAGCACACUUCGUUGCACUCCAACAAGGAUUCUUCUGUCGAGGGAAAUCAAGCGGAUACCCCUUGUCCUGUGCUGGAGAAUUGCCAGUGUGGUAGUGCGGAGCGACAGCAGGCAGCUGUAGACAAGAAGAUGUGUGCGCGUCAGUCCAUGUCCAUGCCUGCACGCUCAACGCAUGCUGACAGCUCCACUGCUUCGAUCGCGGCACAGCGUGUUCCUAGCUGUGAAGACCCUAACAGACAAACUACUACUGCUACUACGUCUACAUGUACUACCGCACACACCCGGCCUGCUGCCCCGGUGCUAGAAAGCCGCGUUGGACCGCCGUUUGAAUGCACGGGUGGCUUAAUGGCCGACGCCGCCGUCGACUUACUGAAAACGUUCUACGAAGGGACGAAUCCCAACGCACCAGUCCCCAAGGUCAAGCGGAAAGCAGGGAACAACAGUAAGCAGUGUUCUAGCAGUGUAGUUCCUGUUUCGCAAACUACAACUAGCAGUUCUUGAUUUAAAACCAAAGACUAAUACAGUUGUACGCUCGGAACAUGAUAACUAUU